UCCGGUUUCCGGCAUCUUUAGUUAGCUAACACGUGAAUAAAUAACGUAAUGCGUAGUGUGGUGUAAAUUCUGACGUAUAUUAUCGAGACUAUUCAAAUCUUUUACUGUUUCAAUAUGAGCUCGGAAGAAGAUAACUUAAAUUCUUUGCAUAAAGUGUAUACGAAUGAUCCACUCUUAUUCAUGACUUACGUCGGAAAGGAGGUUAAGAUAAUGACGAAAGAUAAAAAUGUUUACUAUGGUAUUGUUUAUACACUUGAUCCGGUAUCAGAAAGCAUUGUUCUUUUACAUCCACAAACAGAUACACAAUAUCAUUUAAAAAUAAUAUUCAACCAUGCCAUUAAAGAUAUCGAGGUAAUAUCAAAAACAGAAAGAUUCAUACCAGAAUUAUUCCUGCCUGCAAAACUUUCGCAGACGAUGAUUACUAAAAGAAAAAAUAUCGUUAUGCAAUUAUUAUUGAAUAAUCGAUUUCCAGUUAAAGAGGAAAAUGACGUUUUAUUAAUCGAGGAUAGCGUAUCGAUAGAACCUCCAUAUUAUCCUGAAAAUUGUACAUGUGCUAACAGUAUUGUUCUCACUAGAAUACAAAAUAUUUUAACACAUGUAAAUAUUGAAUAAACUUGCGCUUAACAAAAUACAAAAUUAUGUUAAAGAUUCCUUUGUCAAAUCUUAUAGAGAGUUUUAUUAUAGAAUUAUUAGUGAUACUGUAUAAAUUAAUUUAGAACAAAUUAUCAGAAUAUUGGAAUGCUAAUAUUUUGUAAGUUAAAGUAAGCUAAAAGUGGUACAUUUCACAAAUUGAUUUUUAAAGAAGCUAAAUGAAUAAUAGAACUAUAUCCUCCAGUUAAUUUCUGUGACGAAUAUCCUGUGUACUAUAUAAAUUUAAAAUUUAAUAGUGCAUUUAUAUGUAUUGAAAUGGAGUAAAGGAGUUUCAGUAUAUAGUUUUAGGUUGUUUGUAUAUAAUAAUAUAUUUUGCAGAAGCAUUUGUAUUGCUAAUUACAAAAAUAGCUUAUCUAUCAUUAGGAAUAUAUAUGUUAAAUCGCAAUGUUGCAAAACUCACAGUGAUUUAAUAACUUUUAUUUUCUAAUCUUUUUCACUGAGGAAGGUAUUAAACAAAAAUUUCUCUUGGUUUCCUACAUAUCUUAUGCUUCGCAAAGCAAUAUUUUAAUUAAAAUAUGAU